CAUCUCACUCACAUGGUCCUCUUCUACUAAACACAACACAACAUAACAACAACAGAACUCAAAAACAUACUAUGACUUGCAGCCAAACACUCGGAAACAACAACAACGACGGCAACAACAAGUACCAGAUCUGCGAAGAGAUCGGUCGCGGACGCUUCGGAACCGUCACGCGCGUCUACGCUCCAUCCACCGGCGAUUUCUUCGCAUGCAAAACCAUCGAGAAGAGCUCCCUCACCGACGCGCUCGACCGAGCGUGCAUCGACACCGAGCCGAAGCUUAUGGCUCUCUUGUCAUACCACCCGAACAUCGUCCAAAUCCACGACCUCGUCGACACUGAUUCGACUCUCUCCAUCUACAUGGAGCUCGUGGACCCCUCCGUCUCCGUCUACGACCGCCUCGUCUCCUCGGGAACCUUCUCCGAGUCCCAAACGGCGUCGUUCGCUAAACAGAUUCUCCUAGGGCUCUCGCAUUGCCACCGGUACGGCGUCGUUCACAGGGACAUCAAGCCGGAGAACAUCCUCGUGGACGUUAGGAACGAUACUGUGAAAAUAUGUGAUUUCGGGUCGGGGGUUUGGUUGGGUGAGGGAGAGACCACGGAAGGCGUGGUGGGGACGCCGUACUACGUGGCGCCGGAGGUUCUGAUGGGGUGCUCGUACGGAGAGAAGGUCGAUCUAUGGAGCGCGGGUGUUGUUCUGUACACGAUGCUCGCCGGAGCUCCGCCGUUUUACGGGGAGACGGCGGAGGAGAUUUUCGAGGCGGUGCUCAGGGGGAACCUGAGGUUUCCGCCGAGUGUGUUCAGGGGAGUUUCGUCGAUGGCUAAAGACUUCUUGAGGAAGAUGAUGUGUAAGGAUGCUUCUCGGAGACUCUCUGCUGAACAAGCUCUCAGGCACCCCUGGAUUCAACGAGCAGGAGAAGCAGAGGAAAGAUUCAUCUAGAAAGAUUCGGAUAUAUAAGUGAAGAGUGGAGAAUAAAGUAAAGUAGGGUAUUAGUAAGUAAUAGUAGUGCUUAUCGUUUUUCUUGGUCUUGGUUUAGGUCUAACAGUAAGUCACAUGUGUGUGUGGGAGUGUGUCAGGCAUGUAAAUGGGUGGGGGUUUGCUUUUCAUAAAAAAAGGAGCUAAAUAAAUAAAAGAGGUUGCUGCCAAGUUCCCAAGCUGGCUGGCUUCUUCUGAGUGAUGUUUGGCAAUGAGUUUUUUUUUUUGUUCUUUCGUUUUGUGAAAUGUUGGCUUUUGCUGUUUAAGUUCUUAGGUGUAGUGUAUAGAGGAUAACUAUCUUUUUCUGCCUUUUACUGUUUUAUUUUCUGCCUUUGUGGUGUGUAAAAGGAUGAGAGAAAGCAGAGUUGUACUCUUCUUUUCCUUGCUUUAUCAAUAAAAUAAGCUAUGUA